AUUGUCUGUCAAAAGUGCAUUUAAAACCUUUCACUAAACCCUUUUGUGAUUCUGCUGUCAUAUCUACAGUAUAUUCAGCUGCUGUGAUAAUGAGCUGUGUGGCUGAACAAUUAAUAGUCAAACUGAUUAGUGUGUGUAAUCUCAUCACGGCAUGUGACGUGACAGACUGUAUCAUUAGGUUUUGAUGCUCCUGUCAGUAUCAAAGCUAUUCACAGGAAGACAGUGCAUCUUUUAUGACAUGCAGAUUCCCUCAGAGGUUUGGCCAUCCCACACUGUUGGUCACAUUUUGGGGUCCCUGAAAGUUUGGGGAAAACAGGUCUGGUCUGAGAAUGCAGUGGCUGAGUGACAAUGAACAAGGCAGCAGUGUUUCCACAGAGUUAUUUCUUUGUCUGACAGGCUGAGCCCGCGCUCUAAUCUGGGUUAUCUGGCUGUAAUCAGCUUAGCCCACUGCGACUCUCACUGCUGCUUGGUGGGCACUUUCUACUGUUUUAGCCCGGUUCUGUCUUUGCUGCCAUUCACGCAGGCACCUGUUGAAGCGACUCCAGAGCUCCAACAGAUUUGCAGGGAAGUUCAGCUUGCAGGUAGAAGAGCUUGCAGAAGGAAACGGUCCAGAGAGCUGUAGCCAUGGCAGAACAUGAGGACAUGGGUUUGAGUGAGGGGGCGUCUGCUGCAGACACGUACCCCAGAAAAAUACUGGAGUAUAUGGAAGGCUUCCUCAUCUCCAAGACGGUGUUCACAUCCUGCGAGCUGGGUGUGUUCGAUGUGUUGUUGGGUGCAGGGCGCCCUCUGUCUGCGGAGGAGAUCAGUAAGUCGGUGGGUGCCAGUCUAGACGGCACAGAGAGGCUGCUGGCUGCCUGCACCGGCCUGCAGCUGCUCAGCACACACCAGGUCAACGGACAAGUGUUGUACAGUAACACAGAGCAGGCCAGUGUCUACCUCACUCGCUCCAGUCCUGUGUCUCUCUACCAGUCCAUCCAGUACAGCUCCAGAACCAUCUACCUGUGCUGGCACUAUCUGACUGACGCUGUCAGAGAGGGGAAAAACCAGUAUGAAAAGGCUUUCGGAGUCAGCUCACAAGACCUGUUUCAAGCCCUCUACAGGUCGGAUGAGGAAAUGGUGAAGUUUAUGCACUUGAUGAACUCUAUUUGGAACAUCUGUGGUAAAGAUGUGGUCACAGCCUUUGACCUUUCGCCUUUCAAGGUCAUCUGUGACCUUGGAGGCUGCAGUGGAGCAUUAGCUAAGCAGUGCACGUCAGCCUACCCAGAAUGCACUGUGACGAUCUUUGACCUCCCCAAGGUGGUGCAUGUGUCAAGGGAACACUUUGUCAGUGAGGCUGACCAGAGGAUAAGCUUCCACGAGGGGGAUUUCUUCAAAGACCAUCUGCCAGAGGCUGACCUCUAUAUUCUUGCCAGAAUCCUCCACGACUGGACAGAUGAACGCUGCAUAGAGCUUCUCCGUAGAAUCUAUAAAGCCUGCAAACCAGGAGGCGCUGUGUUGCUGGUUGAGGCACUGCUAAGAGAGGACGGCUCUGGCCCGCUGACAGUACAGCUCUACUCUCUGAACAUGCUGGUGCAGACGGAGGGCAGAGAGAGGACAGAUGUUCAGUACGCUGCCCUGCUGGCUGCUGCUGGAUUCACCAACAUCCAGCACUGCCUCACUGGGAAGAUCUAUGACGCUGUGCUGGGCCACAAAGAGACAUGAGAGAUAAGGAGAAAUACACGGGGCUGCCACAUGCACAUUACUGAAGACUCACACCACUUAGAUCAAAUGUCACACUUCUACUAUACUUUCAUUUCCUAAUAUCAACUUAAGUUUCUUGAAAUUAAGACACUAAAUUACACUGAAUCAAUGUGAUCUAUGAGAUAUUUAAAACAAAAUUCACAUUUGGAUGCUAUAAUUGUGGAUUAUUUUCCAAAACGUUACAUUUCUUUGAAACAAGCAAAAUUGGUAACAAAAACAAAACAAAUCUGCUCAGUCAGCCCAUUGCUGUUCAUGGCAUUGUCACAGAAACUGGAAAGUGCCAGAAAUGCCAAGUUAAAAUGACACUCAUAGCCUGCUUUUGUGGACCAAGUUGUGUUCUAGUCUUUUAGUCACAGAAUCAAGGGACAACUACAUGAAACUGUAAUUGUGAAUGGCAACAUUUUUCACUCCUGACAAAGCUGCACCUACAGGCUGCCAUUGUGAAUCAUCUUCUCACCUACCGCACUGCCUUCACAAAUCACUGGAUUGAUGUAGAAAUAUCUGAUUGUGUAGACUGCCUUUGAUCCUUCACUUGCCUCACAUCAAAACUAAUAAUCACACUGCUCUAUUAGUGUUAAAGAGUCAGAGAAAAUAUGAGUAAAAAAUACACUGAUACUCAUAACUCUUGCCUGGACAUGAAAAUCUAUGUUGAUGAUAAUUGCUAAAGAUGGCUUAGCAAUCAAUUUGCUUAAUGGAUGACAAUGUAGCCAUGAAUAGCAAAACUAUAGUGCACUGUCUAUUGAUCUUCAUUUCAGUAUAUAAUCUCCAUAGCAAUAUAUAUUAUUCUUUACUCAAAUCCAGUAAUUUUCUCCUGUUGACCUCCAAAAAAUUUGUAACAAUCUAUGAUGUGACCUGACAUAUUUCACCUCUAAACUGCUAGGGAAUGUCAAGGUCAGUCCACACCUCCGCUGUUCACCCUGACGUAUAAACACGGCUGUCAGCAAUGUAGACAGAAAGAAAGCAUGCUGAGAACAUGAGACUGAGAGAAGCAGUAGGGAUGUAACAUUACACCAAGUUCAAAAUUUGAUAAGAACCUUAGUUUUUGUUACAAUUCUGAUUUAUGAAAAGUUCAGCAGAGAAAUUUUGAUGACGAAUGUUUAUUUCCCCUAUUUAUCUGAAGGGGAAAAAAAUGCAUUUUAUAUAUAUACACUACCAUUCAAAAGUUUGGGGUUACCCAGGCAAUUUCAUAUUUUCCACGAAAACUUACUUUUAUUCAUGUGCUAACAUAAUUGCACAAGGGUUUUCUAAUCAUCAAUUAGCCUUUCAACAGGAUUAGCUAACAAUUUCUAAAGAUUUGUAAACAAUAAAAUACCAAAACCUGCAUAUUUUAGAAAUCAUUUUGUAGCCUAGCUUGUUCCAGAUCCAUAUAGCAAAGUAUGUCUAAGCCCAGUUCAGUCUGAUUCUGUUGUAAAAGAUUAGCUGUACACUGCAAAGGUUAUCCUCUAUUAGACUGCAUACAGUGUGAGCUUCCAGUCUCAUAGCUAAGAAGAUGAACUUCUUUGCAUAUCUAUGCUCAUCUUUCAAUCCUAAGCCUGGGUCUGAACCCUUCGAUUUUUUUUUUCUGUUCUUAACGGCCUCGUAAAGCUGUCUUUGUGCUGUGUUCUUUUAAUGAUGGACGUGGCUCAAUAAAUCUUUUCCACAAUGACUUGGACCAUCUUUAAUUUCACUGUCAUCAUCGUCUGUGCAGCGCUUGUAUUCAAAAUGCAGAUAUCAGUCUUUUAUUAGAAACUCAGCCUGUCAUUGUGCUCCACCUCUGAUGUGACGCAGCCCGCUUGAAAAUAUUGAACUGCACCGAAUGUCAGUGGAAGAAACUCUCAUUGUGACAGAUAAAUUGGAUUCCACACACAUUUUUGUGAAUAUAAUUUAUGCUCACUUGUAUUUCUACCGAACUGUCAUUUAUUUUGCAUAAAAGUGGCCACGCCAAAGAUAAUUUCACACAGUAUCAGCUGCUGGCUUCUUUAGUGGAAAAGAUUAUUAUCAGCCUUCAGAAACCAAUAUUGUUUGAAGCCUGCUCUGCAUUCUGAUGACUUCGCUCCAACUAUUCACUUUUCUGUAUCUUUUCUGUACACCCACUCAUUCUCACUGCCCUCUGUAUCCUCUUCUCUCUUUCCUUUUUCUCCCAGUAAUUGUGAAUUAAUCAGACUUCAAAGUACAACAAAUUAGAAUUGAUGUCAAAUCCUUGUGGACAGCUUUACAGAGAGUCGGUCUAAUGAAGGGAAAUGAAGUGCUGCGGCUGAAGAUAACUUGACCUGUGUGGAGAAUGUGUUAGUGCCCAGGGAUGGUGCAGAUUUAGGAAGAAGCAUAUGGCAGCACUACAGCUUUACUGAAGGUUGUACAUAAUAUCAUAACACACCUGAAUAAAAGCAGAGUCAUGCA